AAGCGAUGAACUAAAAAUCGCGUUAUAGAAACCUUUUUUGCACAGCUGUCAUUACAUUAGCAUGCCUCAAUUUAUUUUAUAGUUUUUUGACUGUACCUUUGUUUUUGUGUACUGUAACUUUUUCAGCUGUUCUAUUUAUACCAGUUAAGGGAAAUUAGGUAGCUAACAUGAGUCUUUUAACUAUUUCUAUAGCUAGGUUCAUUUGGAUUCAUUUGCAAUGCUUGUGUUUCAUUUGGCAACCUGUGUACUGAUAUUUUAACAAUUGGACACCAAUCAACAGGAAGCAAAAAUGGGCGACAAAGUUGAUCCGAAAACUGAUGGAGAUGGCGAUUCUGACUAUGAUGAAGAAUUAGCUAUUCCCGAAGAAUCUUUAAUUACAUCAGCUGAAGGAGGUGAAAUGACAGUCACAUCGUCAGAUGGUGUGGAUACAAUUUCUUCUUUGCAAGCACUUCCAUUUCAAUCUUUGUAUGAUACUCCUUUGAAAUUUAAAUCACCUCAAAGAAUUGUUUUUAUUCCUGGCAAAGAGAUUGCUGUUGAUAUUAUAAAUAAUGAAAGGACUGUGACCACCCAUCUUUUAAACCCAAACCUGUACACUAUACAAUUCCAGCAUGGUGACUUUACUUGGACAGUUCAAAAGCGGUACAAGCAUUUUCACCACCUUCACAGUCAGCUAAAAAUUUUCCGGGCAACCUUAAAGAUUCCGUUUCCAACUAAAACUCAUAGAGAAAGAAGAGCAAGCUUCAAACAUGGCACCAAAGGAAAAUCAAAAAGCUCUCUACCAAGAUUUCCAAGCAAACCUGAUGCUUUGCUUAGAUAUGAUCAAAUUGAAAGGCGGAUGCUGGAGCUCACUGAUUACUUAAGAAACCUGCUCAGAAUAAAUAUCUAUCGCAACCAUCAUGAAACUGCUAACUUUUUGGAAGUAAGUUCUUUGUCAUUUGUAAAAGAGCUGGGAGUAAAGGGGAAAGAGUCUCUUGUUAAGAAACGCACUGGAAGUACUCAGCCAGGCAGAGCAGGAUGCAACUGUUGUGGGCUCUUAGACACAGUUGUUUGUGUGAGGUGCAGUUACUUAUGUACUGACGUGUGUGGGAGGUGGCGGGACCGUUGGCUGGUGUGUAAGGACUCCUUUUUAUGUUACAUCAGUCCAAAAGAUGGACGAGUGCGAUCUGUCAUUCUUAUUGACUCAGGUUUUGAAGUAUCUUCUGGGGUUUACACUUCUGGGCUUCACAGAGGAUUAGUUGUCAUAACUCAUAGCAGACAAAUGGCUAUUAAAUGUGACACUAGAAGAGAUAGUAAGGAAUGGAUAGCUUUUCUGAAGGAUAUUUCUCAUAACCAAGCCCAUGAAUUUAUUCAACGCAAUCGUAUGGGUUCUUUUGCCCCUGUUCGAUUGGAUACUCAGGCUGCGUGGUUUGUUGAUGGAUCAAGUUAUAUGGCGGCUGUUGCUGAAGCUAUGGAAAAUGCAAAAGAGGAAAUAUUUAUUGCAGAUUGGUGGCUAAGCCCAGAAAUAUACAUGAAAAGACCAGCUAUUGAUGGGGAACAUUGGAGACUUGAUAAAAUUCUUCAACGUAAAGCUAUUCAAGGAGUAAAAAUAUUUGUUCUCUUGUAUAAAGAGGUACAAUAUGCACUUGGUAUCAAUAGUUACUACAGUAAACAAUGCCUAGUGAAAGGUCACCAUGAAAACAUAAAGGUUCUUAGACAUCCUGACCAUGCUAAAGCUGGAGUGUUCCUUUGGGCUCACCAUGAGAAAGUGGUUGUUGUUGAUCAAACGUACGCUUUUGUUGGUGGAAUUGAUCUUUGUUAUGGUAGAUGGGAUGACCAUGAACAUAGGCUUGUCGAUUUGGGAAGCAUAUCCCAGGCAACAUCAGCCGGGCAAGGACUGCGACGGAGUCAAACAUCCAGCAAUCCAAGUGGUGAUAUUCAACCUCUUAUGUCAUUAGCUGUUUCUGCAAAUGCUGUUGGUGUUAGUUUGAUGAAUGCAGCUGUGAUUGACAAGUCAGGAGAUGGACAGUCCAACCCUAAUUUAAUACCUAUUCAAGAAAUUCAGGAACCUAUGAUAUCUGAGAAAGAUUUUGCACUGAUUUCACAAGUUCCAGACAAUAUCAAACGCAACACACCAGAAAUGCAAAGAAAAAAUAUUCUCACUAAGAUGAAAACUCGAGGUCGAGGCCUCUUAAACAUUUUCCAUAGCAGUGAAGAAGAAAAUGAAGCAGAUGAUGAUUAUGAUGAUGAUGAUGAUGAUGAUGAUAAUGAUAUUGUUCCGCCUGUGAAUGAAGAGGUCAUUCAUGAGUCACGACAACAAGCUCUGACUGCCAACAAACAAGCAAAAGUUGCUUUUGAGGGUGAUGCCAAUAUGGCCUUCAUUGGGGGAGAAAGGCCUGCUCCCACUGCUGUUGCCAGCUCUGAAAAACAGAAAGUAAAAAAGAAAAAAAGUAAAAGCAAUCCCCUCAUUGAUGGGCUGAGUGGGUCAGCAAAGUUAUGGAUUGGUAAAGACUAUGUUAAUUUUAUCGUGAAAGAUUUUAAUGAUUUGGACAUGCCAUAUCAAGAUUUUAUUGAUCGUUCAACAACUCCUCGUAUGCCUUGGCAUGAUAUUGGCGCACUUGUUCAAGGAGCCGCAGCAAGAGAUGUAGCAAGGCAUUUCAUUCAGAGAUGGAAUGCUGUUAAAAUGGAAAAGGCAAAACUCAACCACUUGUACCCAUGCUUGCUUCCUAAAUCUUAUCAAGAUUUCCAAUUAAACCCCCAUGUGAAAGCAGUAGAUGAAUCUAUAAUUCACAAUGUAGAUUGUCAGGUUCUUCGAAGUGUUAGUAGUUGGAGUGCAGGUUUCUUAGAUUCAGAGUUGGUAGAACAGAGUAUUCAUGAAGCAUACGUAGAUGUGAUCACAAAAGCCAAGCAUUAUGUCUACAUUGAAAAUCAGUUUUUUAUCACCCAAGGCACUAAUUCUGCUUCUGUGGUACGUAACCAAGUGGGGGAUGCCCUUUUCAAGAGGAUAUUGAGAGCAUACAAAGAAGGAAGUAUUUUUCGUGUCUAUGUUGUGAUGCCCCUACUUCCUGGAUUUGAAGGAGAAGUUGGUCAAAGCACUGGGACUGCUCUUCACGCAAUCACUCAUUGGAAUUACUCAUCAAUAUGCAGGGGAAAAGACUCCUUGAUUCAAAGAUUGAAAGAUGCAGGUAUUAGUGAUACCGAAGAGUAUGUGUCCUUCUAUGGACUCCGCAAUCACUCUGUCUUGCAUGGGAGUUUGGUAACAGAACUUAUUUAUGUUCAUUCAAAACUUCUAAUUGCUGAUGAUGCAAUUGUUAUUUGUGGAUCUGCCAACAUAAAUGACCGCAGUCUUUUGGGUAAAAGAGAUUCAGAGAUAGCUAUUAUUGUUCAGGACCGUGACUUUGACUCAUGUACAAUGGCCCAUGAAGAUUUUGUUUCUGGGCGUUUUGGAGGAUCUCUGAGACGUCAAUUAUUCAGUGAGCAUCUAGGACUUCUUGAUUCUGACCACAAUGUGAACAUCAAUGAUCCAGCCAGUGAUUAUUUUUAUCGAGAAAUUUGGAUGCUGACUGCUGCUGAAAACACUGCAAUCUAUGAAGAAGUAUUUCAUUGCAUUCCAUCAGAUCAAGCAAAUAGCUUUGCUUCAUUAAAAAAAUAUCAAGAGGAAAUGCCUUUGUGCCAUUCGGAUCUAACUGCUGCUACAAAAAAGCUAGAAGGAAUCAAGGGACAUUUAGUGAAACUACCAUUGGAGUUUUUAGCAAAUGAGACCCUAACACCAAAUCCAAGCUCAGUCACAGGAAUGAUGCCAACCUCCCUUUGGACAUGAUUCAAUUUCAACACAAAUUUUUACCUCAGCUAGUGAAAUGUGUUCACUAAAAUCAGGCUUGCUAUUGCAACCCUGUUACCUUGACAUUUGCAUUUAAGACAAUUACUUUUAGAAGUUAUUUGCAUAUAAUAUGUUGAUCAAUUGUUUAAAGUUUUAUUUGGUACUGUUUAGUAUGACUGUUAUUGUUUUUUUGUGUUUUAUUUACUUCUUGCCAGUGCAUUGUUUUGUACCAGUGUUUUAAGUGUGUAAAAAGGCACUUAUAUUUUGUCUAAUGCUUGUACUUAGGUUCUCACUACUUUUUGGCACGCCUAAAACCUGGCUAUAGCUUUCGCACUACACGAGCUUGUGCAAAUGCUGUUAACUUACUUCUUGCCAAUUUAUUUUAAGGGCCCAUUUACGAUCGUUCGCGGAACCUUAAAUUAAAUUGACCAACGCGUUGUGGCUUAUGGGAGUAUCUACGAUGCCAGCCCCUUAAAU